CUAAAGUUAACCCAGGGACAAUUGUCCAUUGACUCUGCGCGAGUCAUGAGAGCCUUCGAGUCCUCGCUCUCCCUACUGGUGAUAAAGUCGAAAUAGUGCUCCGCAAACCACAAUAUGGAGGUGUUAAUCGACUGUUACUUUGACAAACUAUUCGCCGAGAUGGAGAGAAGCUGCCUCGCGUCGCGAUAUAAGCGUCGCGAGCUCGUUAGGUACUUUUCAGACGUGAUAAAUAGUUGCGCCGAAGCGGAAAAUUUGGAGACGGAAGAUGUUUGCGAGAGGAUAGUCCUCGCUGCUCUGCGGUACCACAACAUUACCCUGUCGGAGAACGGAUCGGUUUGUCUGCUGGGCAAGUUCCAUAACGUUCUCUAUGUGGCAGCCAAACUGUGCUACGAUUGGAACCUCAAGAAUAACGAGAUAGUAUCCCGUCUCCUAAACGACAUUUUCUACUGCGAAAAGACCUUUGAGAGGAUCCUGGUGGGCGCUAUUUUCGGGACCCGAGUUACGCACUUCCUGUCCGGGUGGAAGUGCGACUUCGAAGACAGAGAGGAGAACAUCAGAGCUUUGACGUACUUCUUGGACCACGCGGCAAUGGGUCGUCUGGAAUAUCGUUGCAAUAGUUCAGGAGGUUUCAAAAGACGCUUAAUAGAUAUUCCCAUGGAGUCCUAUGGGCAAGUCCUGCCUCUCAGGGUGGCCAUCCAGCACGGUUCCCCGGACAUCCUGCUGAUCAUGCUGAGGUAUGGGGCUUCUACGGAAUCCGACAAACUGGCCCCUUCACCGAUCGAGAUUUUGUUGUCCAAACUGAACGAAUAUAACGUGGGCAUCGAUGACAACGAUGUCUGCAUAUAUCCGCAACAUCUUCUGCUAUGUCUGAAGCUUUUGCUCCGCACUAUCACCACGGUUUGCGUGAGGACCCCGGAACAUAUUGCCGGUCAAAGCGGGGUCUUCAGUCUGUCUCUUCGGGAUAGAUACCCGAAACUUGCAGAGAGCAAUCUGGUGCCUCCGGAACGCAGUGGCGAAUAUCCGGCAGAACUGAUGCAUUUGUGCAGGUGCAAGAUUCGACAGACUUUGUUCGAGAAUUGGGCCUUGCCACAUGGCAUACGCACAUUGCAGAUCCCGGAAUCGUUGAGGGACUAUUUGGAUUUGUUCUAUGAUUGACGCGUAUCAUUUAAUGAGGUCGUGGAAUAUUUCGAAGGUCUCGAGGAAACCUGCGUUCCUUCCAUUUGGGUACAAUUACUCGCACCUUAGGUGAUACCUGCACGUUGCGCAAGAAUCGUUACCGGAACUAUAAAUCCUACAUGAAUCCGAGACACAAAAACUAGGAGGGAAUAAAAGCACGAGACCGCUAAGUUAGACCGCCUGCCACUUCGCAACGAGAAAGUGCACGUUAACUUUAAUCGUCCAAUGAAACAGCGAAGAGUCUAAUAAAA